UUUUUUUAGUGCAUAGCGUUAGGUAAAAUUCCAAAAAAAAAGUGCAAUAAUUACAAAAUCAAUUAAAAAAAUUGUAUAAAACUACAAUUAAUUAAAAUUACUUUAAAACAUAAAUUUCUUUUUACCGAAAAAAUUGCAUUCGUGUCGUGAUUCUUCAUCUUUUGGUGGAAAGAUUUUAUUUUGUCAAUAAACCAAGCCUAUGUAGAACACUUUUAGGCAUUCAUCGAAAAUCUCUAAAAAUUAUAAGUUUUUUUGAGAAGAUUUUGGCGUAUUUUUUUAAUCACGAGUUUUUUUUUUAAGAAAACCAAAGGAAAACAAAAUUUCAACAAAAUGUCUACGAGGUCAACUCGAAGUAGUAUUAAUAAAAUCUCCAAAGAACAACCAUCUAAAACUCAAACAUCAAUAAAAAAAUUUCUUCUAAAUACCAAAAAACCAAUUAGAACAGCCGAAUUAGAUGAAGAAGUAGAAUUUGUAAUUCGCUCAGAAGCAGAAGCACCAACUGAACAUUAUGUCUUGACUGAAUUCAAAAAUGACGAAGAAGAAGAAAACGAAAUCAACUUUAUACUAUCUGAUAAUUUUAAUAACGACCAACCAGUACCAGUGGCUCAAUGCCGCGAAGAAAUUCAAAUUGAAGAAGAAGGAGACGACGAUUUAGAUGAAGAAGAUGUAGAUGCAUUGGUUGUUAGAACUCAAGAAAUUGUCGAACAUGUAUGUGGAAAAUGUUUUAAAACAUUUCGAACAGUAAAGGCUCUUAAGAGACAUAUUUCAUUUUGUGUCUUCAGCGCUGACUUGGUAGUUCGAAGAGAUGAAAUGCUCAAGAAUAUUGAGAAAAUUGAAAAAGAGGCCUUGCAUAUGCAUAAAAAGGAUAUCUGCUUUUGUUGUGGUGAAAGCUAUGAGACGUGUCAUGGUGGUCACAUCAAUUGCGCAGAUUGUCCAAAAACUUUCAAAACUCAAUUAAGUCUUGAACGUCACAUGUUUCUUAUUCAUUCGGAAAAUGACGAUUUUCCUUGUCAAAUAUGUAAUGGCCGAAUUCGAACGGCAGCUUUAUUGGAACUUCAUAUUGACCAGCAUAUGACACGUGGCAAACCGUUUGCAUGCAGAAAGUGUGGUAAAGAUUUUACUCGGGCAUAUCAUUUAAAAAGGCAUAUGAAAUAUUCGGCGUGCGGUGGGAAGGCAGCCGAUACAAUGGCCUGUAAAGUUUGUGGCAAAGAUUUUGUCCGGAUGGAUAAUUUACGUUCGCAUUUGAAAACCCAUUUGGGUCAAGGAUCAUCGGGAAAGAAAUCAGAUUAUAGGUGUCCAUUUUGUAAGAAAUGUUUUUACAGUCUUUCGACAUUGAACAUUCACAUUCGAACUCAUACCGGAGAGAGGCCUUUUGAUUGUGAUCUUUGUGAUAAAAAUUUCCCAUCAUUAGUUGCUUUGAAGAAGCAUAGGAGAUUUCAUACAGGCGAGAAACCUUACACUUGUUCGGUGUGCAAAGCAAACUUUGCUGUGAAAGAAGUUCUUAACCGACAUAUGAAACGUCACACCGGAGAAAAGCCACAUUCCUGUGAUGAAUGCGGUAAACGUUUCAUACAAGCCACCCAAUUAAGAAAUCAUCUUAAAACUCAUUUAAGACCUUAUGAAUGUCCAGAGUGUCCUGAGAAAUUUAAAACUGCAAAACAAUUGGAAAAACAUUCCAGAGAACAUGUAAUGAAAAAGAAGCGGAAUGAAUUUAUCGCUGCCCAAUCGAUUGAAUCGGAUAAAACUAAAAGAAGAGUACCCAAACAAUACAAAUGCGAAGAUUGUAAUGUCACAUUUCGGACAGUGGCGUCAUUUUUGCGCCAUGAGUCAUCUGAGGAGCAUAUGGAAAACGCCAAAAAACAUUGCCAAAUAUGCGGCUUGGAGUUCAAGAAUACAAAGGCCCUUCAAUUUCAUGUACUCAAAUAUCAUGAAUCAUCAAUGGACAACAAUUCAUCAACAAGUAAUAUUGAUACAGUUAAGACAGAAAAUGAAGAUGUUAUUAUUCAAGAAUAUGUUCUUGAGGCACUUCCUGAACACCCAGAAGAAGAACUUCCAGAUAAGCCAAAAGUACAGAGCUACACUAUCCUUGCAAAUAGCAAUGAAGUUUCUCCAGAAUGUAUGAAACCUUUACAAGCUAAAUCAAGACUUAGAUCUGAACUAAGAAAAUCUAUGGCGGAAUGUUUACGUGAAGCACCAAGUGCUAAGCCAAUUGAGAUAGCAGUGUCCGAGGAAGAGGUACAACUAACUGUUAACGUUGGCAAGUUGCUGGAUAUGUUGGUGGACACUGAGACACUUACUAAAUUUGGCUGGCCUUCAGAAUCUGUUGAAAAGGUCCUUUGUAAAGUAAUUGAGAAUUGUGGACAUAAUAUGAGUCAAACAGUAUUUACUGAUGAUUAUUGUACAAGAAUGAGGGAAUAUGUAAAAUUACUCUUCACUGUUGUUAUACAGAAUGAUACAAUUAAGGAGCUUUUGAAUAAUUAUCCAAUCGAUGAGGUUAUUGAGUUUGUUUUGUCAAAUGAGGACGAGAAUGAUGAUGUUGAUGAUUAGAUAUUGAAAGAUUGUUUAAAUUUUAUUUUACUUUAAGAAAAGGUGUUUUUUUUUUGUAAAUAUUUAUAAACAAAAAUAUUGAAAAAGUGUGUUAAGUUUAAAAGAAAUAAAAUAUGUACGAGUACUUGUAUUUUACGGUUAUGUUUAAGAAUUAUUUGAUAUAUAUACAGUUUUAUAAAUAUUUUUAUAUACAUACAUGUGUAAGUUGAGGAAAAUAAAGAUAUUUUAUUCUAUUCGAUACAAAAUGAA